AUGGGUUCUAAGAUUCUUGUGAAGGCGCCUCUGCAGAUCAAGAAGAUCAAGAGCAUUCUUGAGGAGACAAAUGUGUUUGACAAGAGGAGGAAAAUCACAAGAUUAGAUGGAGUUGCUUGUCUAUAUUCCUCAGGGUCCAUGGCUGAGAUGAGCGCUCUACUAAGUGAUUUCCAAGACGCCAUUGAGGUUUUCGACGACACAGGCACUGCCCCUGUUGGAGGUCUACAAGGUGCUGUGCUGGAUGUGAUAGGAUCUGAUUCCUAUUUAUUGAAAAAUCUCCCGAAGAAAUGGUCGUUGUAUCCACCCAUGGUGCUUUUCACAGGUGAUCUGUUCAGCACCCCAGAGUGGGAUGCAUACUUUGAGACAAGCGGCAAAUCUAAGUUAUUUGAGCACCUUCUGAAAACAUUCUUUGCUGGAUACACACAUUUUGCGGUAAACCAGCCAAUCAUCGAGUCCGAUGUGAUGCGCAGACCCUUUGACUUGGUACCGAUAUACGGAGACUUUGGGCCGACUCCUGACGACCAGAAAUACAAUAACCCAACUCAACAGGAUUUUGAUGAGGCAUUUUGGUGUACGGCAAACCAAAACGGAAUUGCUCAAGAAUGGGCACCCCGCUACACUAUGUUCUCACGAGGAAACAUCACAGAGAAGAAAAGGAAUGUCCACAAAAACGACUUUGAAUCGCUAAAAAGAGAAUUACAAGAGUAUUUCAAGGGGAAUGUGACUCAUCUUGAAAAAGUUAAAACUUUUGCGCCAGACGUGUGGCACGUUGUUGUCGACGUCAAAGUGUGA